GGAAUUAUGAGAUUUCAACUAAAGAUAUAAUCUUGUAGAAUAAUACAUAAAUAUUCCAGAGAACCGACGGAAAAAUACAAGAAAGUCAAACAUACCAAUCAUGGCCGAAACCUCCGAAUUAGCAAAGGGCUACACCCUCGUCAACGACACCCAAUUUAAAGCAGGCUUAUAUCUCCUCCAAAAACUCGCCCUCACUAAUACCCCCAACACACAAAUCCUAGAUAUCGGGUGCGGACCCGGUAAUCUCACCGCGCAUAUAUCCUCGCUGCUCCCCUCGGCAAAAGUAAUCGGUAUCGAUCCCAGUUCUUCCCGUAUCGGGCUCGCUCUCUCGACUUACAAAAAUCAUCCGAGUCUCUCUUUCUACGAAGGCAUCGCGGAAGAUCUCGCACGAUUCGGAAAUGAGAGUUUCGAUGCGGUGUUUAUGAAUAGUACGUUUCAUUGGGUUGUAGAGCAGCAGGAGGCGCUGAGGGAAUGCUUUCGGGUGUUGAAGAGAGGGGGGAAGUUGGGGGUUUCGGGGGGCUCGGGGGAUUUCGAGGCGGUUCAUGAGAGGAUCAAGAGGGAGGUUUUGGGGAGGGAACCCUAUGUGAAGUUUGUGGGGGAGAGGGAGAGUGCGCCGAGGUUUGUGAAGAGGAUGGAGAUGGAAGAGAUGUUGGGGAACGCGGGGUUUGAGAGCUGGGAUGUGGGGGUGAAUAAAAUUGUCAAAGAGGCGAGGGAUGGGGAGGAGAUGCUGAGGUGGUUGGAUGCUAGUUCGUCGGGAAAGACUUAUGGUGGGAUUCCGGAGGAAAUGAGGGAGAGUGCGAGGAGGGAAAUGUUGAAGGAGUGGGAGGGGGUUACGGGAGUGCAUGGAAUUAGGAUGGAGAUGGAGUUGUUGGUUACGGUUGCUGUUAAGGGGGAGCCAAGAGAAGGGUUUGUCGCUUCUUGAUCGUGGGAUUUGCGAAUUCUAGGGGGUUUUUUUUUUUGGAUAUACACUUGAAUAUUAACAUUAACCUUGACAUAUAAUGUGGUAUUUAUCACAUAACGUGCGCACGAGUAUAGGUAUUCUACGAUUCAGUAUCAGAGACCUGUAAAAUAUACUCAUGAAUCGAUCUAAUGUAUCCACA